UUCAGUUUCAACUUUCUGUCACCGUUUUGGCGUAGGGGGGAGGGGUUUGAGGGAGGGGCUAGGAGCGCAUUCACACUCCUCAAGAAGAGACCACACAUUUCCGGAACUCGCCGUCUAGUCCGCUCAGAAGCCUGAUGUGACCUCACUUUGAGGCAAUAGCCUCUCCAAGUUCAACUGGAACUUCCAAAUCGAAAGUAAGUCUGUUUCUUUCUGUCGUUUUUUUUUUUUUCACAUAGAAGUGGGUUGGGUUGAAGUAAACUUUUGUUUUGAUGAAGUUACACUGGUUUGGCAGAGGUCUGCUGGAACAAUAACGUUAGCUAAGUUGGCUAACCUGUAAUGUCUCUCAGGGUUUCAGCCACUGUUAGCUGAAACCAGUGGGCUGACCCUCCGCCGGGCCUAAGCAUUCGGGACUAAACUAAAGCGUGUUAUACAAGUAGCGUAGCUUCUUUAAAGAGUAGCUUAGUUUUUGUAGCCAGAGUGUAGUAGAGAGUGAGGGUGUAGGAAAACCGCUCUCCAGCGCAGAGCACUAGCUGAAAGACCCAUUAGCACUAGCUUCACAGUGGAGCUUACAGGCCCAGUCAAAACAAUUCAGCUUAGCUGACCUGCUGCGUUUAUCCAGUGCCAGUUACAUGUGUAAACUAGUGGCUGUGGAUGAGAGGGGAGUUUACUGCUGGAAGUCAAAGCCAUCAUAUUUAAGUUUAUGUUCUGCUUGUACUGCUCGUACUGUCUCCCUUACUGCAGGAUUUUGUUGCAUUUGCGGCACCGAACAGUUGUAGUCCAUUAGCUCGCUGUGAAUUCUCCAGAGGAUUCACUGUUGUGUUCAAACAUGGCCUCCUCUCUGGGCUCCUCCCGGAGUAUGAGGCCAGUAUUAUUGCUGCUGCGCAAGGCCUCAUAAAUGUGCUGUCACAAAAUGUUCAGCAGCAACCUCACACCUCAGGGCAGUCAGAGCAGCAGAAUCAGCAAGCACAAACCCUGAAAGAAACAGUACAGGAGGAGAUGACCAGGUCAUUUCCUGGCUUCUUUACCAAAAGAAAAGGCAAAAACCAAUUUUGUCCCAUACAAACCACUCAAGGGAAGAAGCCUAAAAUUUGCAACACUAAGCCACUCAACGUCUAUGUAAAUUUGGUGAAUAAGGGCUGUACCAGCACUCCUUCUGCUGCCAAAGAGUUGGAGUUGAGCCAAGCAGGUUUAGGGAAGAGGUCCCUCACCUUGACAGAUGAUAUGAGCCAUGCAAUGUGAUGGUUUUCUUCGGUAAAUAAAAUUCUCACUGAAGAAUAUCCCAAAAUGUGAGGAGUGGAAGGGUGGCUGUUCUACAAGACUUCAGGUGGCCAUGGUAGAAGAAAAUUGGUUGCAAUUCCUCCUGAUGAAGAUGGUUAUACAGGAAGACUGAUUCGCAGUGCUUCAGGUGCUGGGAAGACCAUUGUUUCACAGCAGCAGGACCUUGAUCUUACUCCAUUGCCAUGGGAUGCCACUGAAUUUGCAUGCCAAAGAAAGCAUGCCUCUGCAUAUUCUAGCAUUACACAUUGAAGGUUGAAUGGAGUCUCAAUCUACAGCAGAUGAUGAUGAGAAAUGAUGCAUGGCAUUGAGAAGUGACUGUUUGAGGGCAGUGGCAAGAAGGGAAAGAGUCCUGUCUACUCCAUUAGUGACAGAGAAAAUGGUUUCUACAGUCAGUCUGGCUCAGGAUGGCCCAGCACCAUGCUUCUUCAAAAAUUGGUGUUACCAGUUUCUUGCAACAGGAGACUUUCAUGCUCUGCAGCUGACCAGUGAUGAUGUGGAUGAUCUUGAAUAUGCUUUACUCAUAGAAAAGGUGGAGGCAGCAACUGAUCUGACACAGUUCACAGAAGAAACUGUGAGUUGUGGUUACACAGAGCUGCUAAAGGUGGACAGAAAAGACAGUAUCAUAAGAGCCAUUGUUCUACAUGCUACAGUGCGUCUGACUCCCAUGCUUCAGCAAAUUAGAAAUGGCAUGAAGGUCUACAACCUUCUGGAGGUGAUUGGGAGGCACCAAACUCUCUGCACAAACCUGUUUGUCUCCAAAGAGGAUGAUGACAGACCGGGUGCUGAUUACAUAAUGAGUAUCCUAGCACCUGAGCUAAGUGAGAGUGGAAGUCGAAGGCAAGCAAGAGAAAAUUCCAUCAUCAACUUCUUCCAGGACUUUCUGCAAGACCUUGAAGUGACAGGUGAAGACCAGGAAAUGUGUGAGCCUCUGACCCAAGAAGUGCUGCAAAGUCAAAAUCAAGAGGGGCAUUGGAGUCUAGAACAACAAGAACACUGGACAAGGGCACAAGCCCCUUCUUCCAUAAGAUAGGGCAGCUUUUAAAAUAAAUGUGAGAUUUGAACACCAGUGCAAUGAAAAAAUGCCUGGUCACCAAAUUUGUUUCUCACUUGUAAGUGCCUGCACAAAUACAGUAACUCUUUCUGUUGCACAUAUGAAUACAUACAAUGAGUUCAGAGGUAUAAUGACAGCAGCAAUCAGAAUGAGUAGAGGUUUCAGUCGAGUGAAGAGGCAGUUUCAUGACCACCCAUGUUUUACUACGCCAAGUCAGCCAGUAUUGUUUUAUUAUGUGAUUUUCAAGAGAAAUACUGUUAACGGUAUGAUUGUUUAAAAAUCAGUUCAGGGAGCGAUUUUUUGUGUACUCUUUAAUAACAACUCAAACUAAAACAGUUACAUGAAAUAUUAGUGUCUGGUUCAUUACACUUAAUUCCCCAAAUUCAUUUAGUUUCUUGUUGAGUUCAGUUAUACAAAGAAUGUAUUUACGUACCACUGUUAACAGAUAAGGUUAAGAAAAAGCUAAAUCAAGAACUUUUAUUUGCAUGACACAGGUCAUGUUAACUAAAAUGGCAAGUGUGAUGCUCACAAACAGGUUCUGUUCAUUUCUCAGAUCAAGGUUGUGGGAUUGAAGAGAUAUUAUCAAAGAUAAUCAUUAAUUAUUAAAAUCAAUAAAAUUAUUAAUGAGAAUUAAUAAUAACGGGGCACCACCCUGGAGUCAGGGAAAAAGAUUCAGUCUUUCAGUCAUUCCAAUUCAGUCUCAAAGUGUACUAAUUUAUCAAUGUAGAACUUUGAUUAACAAUUAACUUAAUAACUAUAAACAAAAUUAUCAUAUCAAUAGCUAAUUAAGUUUGAAGGAUUUUGGAGUUCUUCACAGAGCAGAGGUU